AUGACUCGACACGUCUUUACCGAACAAGAAGUGCGGCUCGCAGCAGAACGACGAAUGAAAUACAUUGGUGUAGCUAAAGUCAGUAUCUGCCAGAUUCAAUUCGAACCUCCCUUACCACGAGACCUGGACCCUAAGAAUUUGGACCGGCUACGAAAUAUCUUCCGGAAGAAUCGUUGUCGCCGCCUAGAUGUCCAAAACCAUGUUCCAGCGACCGUGUCUCGACAUAAUCUCGCAGACGCAUUGCAGAAGGCGAAUGUUCCCCAGGAAGCCUUGCUGACAACCGAAGGCCGGCAAAUUCCUCGACUGGAAUUUAUGGCGGGGCAACUUCGGGGUCUCCAUGGCCGCCAUCGUGUACAAGCGGGUGUUGAGGUACUUCCUCCGGCGGAUCGCUGGUGGACGGUUGAUCUCUACACAGACGACAUCGACCGAGAACUGAGAGCGGCGUUGGUGGAUGAAUAUUCCAAUCAGAAGAAGCCGACCGAUGGGGAAGUCUAUCGCAAGAUCAGACAGUAUGAGGGCGAGGGCAAUGAAGCUUUUCGCGAGCGAUGGUUCGUGAGACUAUCGCCCAACAAUCAAGAGCGCUUGGAUCAACUUGACAAUAAGAAGAAUCGUCGUCUCCGACAUGCAUUUGACCGACUGCUAACGAUUCCUGGACUUUGGCCUAGCGGAAUGAGAAUCAGCCUGCUUCAUCGAUUGAUCGCUUCGGGCUGCAUUGAGAUAGCAACCUAUUUGGACCACAUUUUGGACUUCUGGUCCUCUCUGGUCGGAUCACACCGCCGUCUGAUGAAGAAAAUCGAUCAGGAUACGGUUCACGCCCUGCAGUUACUGGCACCGGGUAAAUCACGCACUGAUGAAAAGACGGCGUGCGGGCUGGUUCUCAGUGGCCAUUUGUUUGCCGAGUUCAGUGCUGAUGAGCGAAACGCGAUAUGGGCCAAGAUGAAAGACUUUGAUGGUCUCAUCCCGUCCUUAUACACUUUCUUUGAGGAUUUCAAGUACCUGGAGAGUUGUGCUCACUGUCUGAAGCGGCUCUUGGGUCCAUCACCCCGAUCUGUGAGGGAAGCCAUGAGUUCGAUCUUUGAUCCAGACUCGGAGUCUGGGGAAAAUCACCGAGAGAAAGGGAAGUGUAUUAUUCAGACCUCGGAGUCUACCUUCCGACGCCUUCAUGCGUCCGAGACAGAAUGCUUCGAGACAGGAUACCAGCAACUAUGGCUGUAUGCUAUGCGACAUUAUCCACUGAUGCCGCCGGACCCCAAGAACUCUGAUGAUCUGUUGGCCAAACCGACUUGCGCUAAGCCGGACCCGCGCGCGAUCUUCGACAUGGCCCAUCUAGCUCACCGGCUCGGCUUUAGGUCCCCAGAAAUUGAUGGGCUGCUGAACAGUUCUCCGGAUCACCAGAUUGCACGAUCGGCCCUUCUCCAGGCCCGAAAGCCAAGCCGGUUUAGAUACGAUGACCAACACUUUGAUAGUCUGGUGCGACGAAUUGUAGAUUGUUUUACUGAGGCUGUGCCUAAUCAGCCCGGUCCCCGCAAGAUCUUUUGGCAGACAGCACCGUCAAGGCGCACGCUCGCUCUGGGGUUCCGCAGACCCGCAACCAUAUUCAAGAUGCCCCUUUGUUAUUCUUAG